GUCCUGAAGUGAUGAUAACCGUGGGCGAGCAGGUCGACCUGUUCGAGAGUAUGGUCAAAAGCGGAACUAUCUCAAAAAAUAGAGUUACCCACUCUGUCGCACUCCUCGCCAUCUCAGGCAACGACUACAAGACCUAUUACGACGCCGGCAUACUCGACCUGACCCCUGUGAUCGAGGGCUUGGGGAACCAGACCGUGGCCAUUGUGGACCGGCUGCGAGCCCUUGGAGUGAAGAGGAUUCUGGUGAACAACCUACACCCUAUUGGUUGCACGCCAUUGUGGUCCAGGGCGAGCAAGUACAAAGAGUGCGAUUACAUAGGCAACAAUGCUGCAUUGCAGCACAACAAAAUCCUGAAACAAAAGCUAGGCAGGAAGAAAGGUGUCCUCAUAGUCGAUCUGAACACCGCAUUUGGUAACAUCAUUGACCAUGGUUCAAAGUCGUACAAGCAGUUCAAGAAUACGCGGAAGCCGUGCUGCGAGGGCUAUAGAGCUAACAACUACUGUGGACGGCAGGCCAAGGACUAUCCGCCCCUUUACUCCCUAUGCCCGGACCGUAGCCAAUUCUUCUUCUGGGACGAUGCACACCCCACACAUGCUGGCUGGGAGACCGUCAUGAAGCAGCUGGAACAUCCCAUCAAAAAGUUCUUGGGGAUCGUCUAGCAAUUUCACCUUUAGUGUUCAAAAAUGAUGAAGCGAUAUGCAUAGGCUGGGGAUCUCUCAAAAUUGGGAAGUUAAACCCAACAGUAGAUUAGUGUGACAUGGUCUGUAUUCUGUAGAAUGCAACUUGGAGCACCCGUACCUCCAUAAAUCUAUCUAU